CAGUGACCGCUACUGUGCCUCCCUACGAAUACUGAGACGCAAAAUCCAACAGCGUCGCAAGGGGAAGUGGUCUCGGAAUGUGUUGUUGUUGCAUGACAAUGCCCGCCCACACACCAGCCAACAGACUCAAGCUGAGCUGCAGUCACUGGGGUUCACUGUGCUCCGACACCCGCCGUAUUCCCCCGACCUGGCACCAAGUGACUAUGCCCUCUUCCGUGAGAUGAAGAAUCCCCCGCAUGGUUACCGAUUCCCCGAUAGUGACGCCUUACAUGACGCUGUCAGGGAGUGGGUACGAGACACCCCCAAACAAUGGUUUCGUGAGGCGAUACGGAAAUUGCCAGAGAGAUGGCAACGGUGCAUCGACCUCCAGGAAGAAUAUGUGGAACGGGCCAAAGUGUAACCUGGGAGCCACCACCAUCAAGGAUCACGUAAUUCAGGGUGGGUCGUCUAAUUUGAAAUGCGCAGUGGGUCGAGGAAAUGUGACGCCUCGCAGCGACACGGUGCCUACUGUUUUCGGGAUCGCUCGCUACAAGAGGACAAAGGAUCGUAGUCAGAAGCGAAACCAUGAUGACCAGUAUCCUAGCAACGAGAAGUGUCCCGUCCCGAACGUCGCGGACUCCAAGAAAACAUUUCGCACCGCACUGCCGCAGAUUCUGGCAACAUCAGCAAAGAAUAUUCUGCUCCUGGGUUACGGGAUGACACUCGGAUUCCCCACCAUCGUGAUCCCCUCGCUGCAGCCAGGCCACGGCAAUGUGACUGACAUGCGCGAGAAGGAUACGUUCAGCCUCACAGAAGAGCAGAUUUCUUGGUUCAGCAGCAUCAACCUGAUCUGUGUGCCUCUGGGUUGUCUCGUAUCUGGAGCUAUCACUCAGCCACUGGGUCGAAAGCGUGCCAUGAUUAUGGUGAAUUUUCCAUUCAUCGUGGCCUGGAUCUUGUUUCACUAUUCCGUGAACGUCGGCAUGUUGUAUGCCAGCCUCGUGCUUACAGGAUUUGGAGGUGGCAUCAUGGAAGCACCAGUUCUGACCUACGUGGCAGAGAUCACGCAGCCGCACCUGAGAGGCAUGUUGUCCGCCACCUCUUCCACUUGCGUCAUUCUCGGGAUCCUCAUCCAGUUCCUGAUGGGAACGGUGCUCGCCUGGCGAACCAUUGCAGCCAUCAAUGUUAUUUUUCCUCUGGUUGCCAUAAUCGCAAUCUGCUUCGUUCCAGAGAGUCCUUAUUGGCUAAUUGGUCAUGGACGAGUGGCUGAUGCCGAGAAGUCAUUGUGCUGGCUAAGAGGCUGGGUAGAGCCCCACGAGGUACAACACGAACUGAUGCAACUGGUGUCUUCUAUCUCGGCUAAAAACCUCUCGAACAAACACUGCGCGCCUUCAGUCUCCUCCAGGCCUUCCUGCUACUCGUGGCGUAACUAUGCAAAACGCACCUUUGUACAACCCUAUUGCCUUGUAUCGGCCGGGUUCUUCUUCGGCCACUUUGCAGGGAUGACAACACUACAGACGUACGCUGUCAGCAUCUUUGCCGCGUUGGGCGCUCCAAUUGACAAGUAUGUCGCAACGCUGUACCUGGGUGUUGUGGAGCUGGCAGGUGCUCUAAUUUGUGUUAUCCUGGUACACUGGGCGGGGAAGCGACCCCUCACCUUUGUGUCGACUGUUGGAAAUGGAUUGUGUUAUAUCGUUGUGGCCGCAUAUGCAUAUUUCUACUCUUCCCGUAAUUCGUACGAAUGGUUGCCGUUGACUUUCCUUAUCGCGUCAGCAUUCUUGUCUCAUGUUGGCAUCCGUCUGUUGCCGUGGAUACUGAUCGGCGAAGUGUUUCCGUCGGAGAUCCGCAGCGUUGCCAGCGGAGCUUCGGGAUCUGUUGGGUACAUUUUUGGUUUUGCAGCAAAUAAGACAUAUUUUUACAUGCUGAAUUCCAUGACAUUGCCUGGAACAUUUUGGUUUUAUGGUGUGGUCAGCUUGGUAGGGUCAGUCUGGUUUUAUUUCUUUCUGCCAGAAACAGAGGGUAGGACCUUGCUUGAGAUUCAGGAGCAUUUUGAAGGGUCUCGGAAUUUGUUGAAAAAAGGCAGAUUGUCAUCGAGGGUGCCUGAGGAGUGGGCUACUGCAAACCCUGCACUGGUUCCUGAUACUGAGACGCAUCUGUAAAGUAGUAUUUCAUUGAGCAGGAACACUGUAGUGGAAGAAUUUAUCCUUUCAUUGACGCAGUGCAGAGAUUUGCGCGUGGUUUUACGUAAACAGUUAUAGCUGAAGUCUUAUUUUGUUGGUGAAUUGUGCCAGGGUGUCUGCCUGUUGAGACUUGGUGUGUGGUCCAGUUCUCCUCUUCCCACUCCUAACUUAAUUAUUUGAUAAUAAAGGUUUUUAUUGACAUAA